GUGGUGUUUGUAGUUUCCUCCUUUAUUUUGAAAUGUUUCCCUCCGUUGUGUCAUGUGCAGUUCUACUUCCUGUCUUUGGUUUCCCUUGUGUCUCAUUGUCUCAUUGUUGUCCCCUGUUGCCCUCGUGUUUGUGCCUCCCUCCCCAGCGGUGGCCUGUGUUGUGAUUAGUGUCUUUGUAUGUAGUCCUGCUCUCCCUUGUGUUCUUAGUCAGUUCGUUGUCGUCCUUCAUAUGUCAAGUCAAAUGCCAUCAGUCAUUAGGAGAAGAGCAGACGCUUUACAACAGAAACACAAACUGUUAAAUCAAAAUGUAUUCAUGUUGAGCAUUUGUAAUGACUCAAUAAAUGCUUGAGAUAGUAUGCAUAUAGAGAGCACCACCAUUCAGUCUUUGUGUUAAGAGACUUUCAAAAGAGAUUAUCCAUACCAAUGAAAUGAAAUCAAAGAUUUAGGGUAAAACAAAUGUAGAAACCCAAAUAUAAUAAUGAUGUAAUCUAUCUGAAAGCAUUAAACCCCCUCUGGCUAUAAAACAGACAACAUACUGUAGUAAUCAACUAUUUGAAAUGUACAGUAAUAAUAAGUAGAAUUUACAACUGUAGCAAAGUAUUAUCAAUGGAAAUGGAUGAACUUCAAUACUACAGCAAACAAAGUGUUAGACUCAAUAAGAUGUUUAAAAUGACACAGCUCACAGCUGUUUGACAUGUUCACAGGUAAUGCAAAUACUGCUGUUCACUGUUCAGACACAGUGAAGACAAACCGAGUUACAGCAGACAACAACACUUAAACCUUCUUUAUUAGACCGGGGUCCGGAGCCCAGAGAGGGAGGAAACAUUUAUUAUUUUCAUCAUAAGAAACAAGUGAAUAUAAACAGAGAGUAAAGGCACUGAGGAAUCCAAUAGUAAGGAUUUAUUUUAUUGUAUGUCUUUGGUUACCCUGAUUUUAACAUGUCUAUUAUUAUUUAUUGUCAGCCAAUAGAAAUGCAGUGUGAGGUCGUCUGUCUGUUAAAGAGCUGGAACUGGAGUCUGAGGUUCAAACAGGAGCUGACACUAUAGCUGCUGACAGGAAGUCCCUCGCUGAUGCGGUGAAGUCAUCAUCGCUUAUAUUGAACCCGGUUCAACUUCGAGAGACAAAUACAGACAUCUUACAAACAUGUUUAGCUGUUUAGCAAAUCCUUUUGUGUAAGUGUGUGUCAGUGUGUUCAUCAUGAAGCUCUCCCUGCUGCUCGCUCUGCUCUCAGUCUCUGGAGGAUCCGGCCUCAGAGUGCCGAGUGUCUCAGGUCAGGACGUGACUCUGCCCUGUACAUAUGACAUUAAAACAUACGGACCCCUGGCGGUAUGUUGGAUUCGGGGGGACAUCCCAAACUCUGGAUGCAGUAAGCAGCUGACCGCUUCAGACGGACGUCAGGUGGUGUUCGGGGGCGGGGCUUCCAGCAGGUACCAGUUGCUGGGUCGCCUGCUGGACGGAGACGUUUCCCUGACCGUCCUCAAGGUCUCGGAGCUGGACGCCGGGCGCUACGGCUGCAGGGUGGAAAUCCCAGGCUGGUUCAAUGACGAAAAACAUCACAUCGAUCUGACGGUGGAGAGAGCUCCAGAGACGACCACACCUUCCCACACAGAGACGGCUUCAGAGCAGACACACACACACACAGCAGCAGAUCUAAUGAGCUCACAGAUCCUCCAGACCAACAGCAGCUUCAGCGCCGAGCAGGCCGGGGGCAGCAGUGUGUUCCUGCUGUGUGUUGUGUUGGGGAUGCUAGCUGUGCUGACGCUGGUCGCUGCAGUCCUGGUUCUCGCCAGCCAACAGAGACGACUCAGCAACAACUCGGAGCCUCGGGUCCUCGGCCCGGUGGCGUCGGAGCUGCAGCUGCAGAGCCGCAGCUUGGCCUUGGAAAACAUUUACCAGGUGGACGAGGACGGUGGCCGCGGUGACGGCGGAGAGUACGAGGUUCUCCCCUGAAUCUCCGCCCACUAAUAGACAGGAAGUCCACCAGUUCUGCCCGGGGUGUAAUUAAUGUAGAACCGCCACUGAGUUCUAGACAAGAACCGAGGAAGGGAGUGAACACUGAAGCCCAUAUUUGGAAUGACCCUGGUGGUCAGAAGUGGAUACUGCAGCUUAUGUGACGUCAUUCUGGCUCAAUCAGACUUUGUCCCAUUGACCAUCAACAGCCCUUAUGGGAGUGAUCGGGUAAAUGACUCUGACGGCGAUACGGGCAUAUUGUGCGGAGGCGGGGCUUAAGAUUGUUCAGGGCAACGCAGAUGCCCCUGCUCUUUUGGUCCAAUGAUUGGAGUAGAUUGAUGGUCGUUAGGCUUCAUGCACUACCCCCCCCUCCCCCAGUCUUCCUGGAGUAAACCACAUGAUCCCUGCCAUGCUUGUGUCUACGUCUGUUGUUUUAUUAAUAAACCUGAAGUUUCUACCAGUU